AGCCAAUCAGAAAAAUGGAGUGGGUUACCAAGCAGCUCCCGUGACUAAUGUCUGUCAUAUGACUGUGACACCCAUGGAGACAGUUACAAGGAACAAGAUUUGCUCUUGGAUUUGAAAAGAAAAAGAGACCUUCUGUGCCGAAUUUAUUCUGGUGCAAAAUGCCUCCAACUCUCUUUCAGAAACUUUUCAACAAGAGAAAUGCGUUUUCGUCGCCCCCCCCGAGAUGUAGCAAAGAGGACCCAGCUUUCAGCUGGCCAGUCCCCCAGCUGGAGCCUAGUCAGAUCAGGCUGAUAGUGUACCAGGACUGUGAGAGGCGCGGCAGGAAUGUCCUCUUCGACUCCAAUGCCAAAAAGAGGGGCACGGAGGAAACCCCCGUCACGAGCAAUGAGGGCCAGGUGAAGAUGUUUGGAAAGUGCUGCCAGCUCCGUCCUACUGGAGGCAGCAGCAGCUCUCUGGACAGCUCCUCCUCCUGCACCUCGGAAACCAAGGAAACCAAGGAGCAGGGCAUCCGCUUCCAGGGUUCGAGAUGUUCGUCCGAUGUGGUAAUGCUGGGGGAAAUGAUGUUUGGCUCUGUGGCUAUGAGCUACAAAGGUUCUACUUUAAAAAUUCACCAGAUCAGAUCGCCACCUCAGUUGAUGUUGAGUAAGGUCUUCACCGCAAGGACGGGAGGCAGUGUGUACGGCAGCCUUAACACGUUACAAGACAGCUUAGAGUUCAUUGGACAGGACAGCAACACCCUAAGGCCCGAUCAAAACACCGGCCCCAACAGUCUCCUAGGGAACAUAGGAUUUUCUCAGCUCUGCAGCCCUCGACGGGCGUUCUCUGAACAGGGCCCUCUGCGCCUCAUCAAGAGUGCAUCUUUCUUUUCAGGCCACAGUCACCCCAUGGACAUGCCUGGCCGAGGGCUUCACGACGAGAGGGACAGCGGCAUCGCCAGGUCAGCUUCUCUGAGCAGCCUCUUGAUCACACCCUUCCCCUCUCCUGGCUCCUCCCUGACCAGCAGCUGCGCUUCCAGUUACCAGCGCCGAUGGCUCCGGAGCCAAACCACCAGCCUGGAAAACGGCGUCUUCCCCCGAUGGUCAGUCGAGGAGAGCUUUAACAUGUCUGAUGAAAGCGGUGUACCAAGCCUUGGUGUGGCUCGGAAGAAGAAGAUUGCCAUCGGGGUAAUCUUCAUGCUGUCCCCCAACCCUGAGGAGAACAACCGUUUCCAGGAUUUCUUUUUCUCCCACUUCCCUCUCUUUGAAAGCCACAUGAACAAACUCAAGAGCGCUAUUGAACAGGCCAUGAAGAUGAGUCGGCGGUCAGCUGAUGCCAGCCAGAGGGCUUUGGCCUACAGCCGAAUGGUGGACGGACUGAACGAGUUCAGGAUGACCAUCUGCGACCUUUACACCAUGCCCCGGGUGGCUGAACCCGUCUGGUUGACUAUGAUGUCUGGAACGUCGGAGAAGAACCAGCUCUGCGGUCACUUCAUGAAGGAGUUCUCCACGUUGAUGGAGCAGGCCUCCAAGAACCAAUUCCUCCCCGCGUUAUUAACAGCCAUCCUGACCAAUCAUCUGGCCUGGGUGCCCACCGUCAUGCCCAAUGGGCAGCCUCCAAUCAAGAUCUUCCUGGAGAAACACUCCUCCCAGAGCGUCGACAUGCUGGCAAAGACGCAUCCUUACAACCCACUUUGGGCACAGCUAGGAGACCUGUAUGGGUCCAUUGGAUCACCUGUGCGGCUGUCGAGGACAGUGGUGGUAGGCCGCAGGCAGGAGCUGGUCCAGAGACUCCUCUAUGUCCUCACAUACUUCAUCCGCUGCUCUGAGCUGCGGGAGACCCACAUGCUGGACAGCGCUGAGGAUGAGGCCAUUGUCAUUCCCGGCUCCCUCAUCACCACCUCCCUAAGGAAAGGAGAGGUGGAGGAGUCAGACUAUGUCCUGGUUACUGUCCAUAAACCCAGCGGGGAUUACUUGUCUCAAGGGGCCCACAGUCGGCAGACCGAAGCAGAGGACAGCAGCUACCCUUCAGACCAGAGCAGCACAUACACAGACACAGAGGUGGAGAAUGGCGCCAGGGACACGAAUGAGGAUGAAGAGGAGGAGGACAGCAGUGAGAGUCAUGGGUCCAGGAGCAGUGUGCUUCAGACGGGACAAAGCCAGGGUAACAACCCUGUUAUCAGGACUGUAGAAGCAUCUGAAACCAGGGAGUCUUGCAGCCCAAUAGCCACAGAUACCCGACUGGAGACAGUGCUGCGUGUUGGCUCGGCAUCACCCAGGGAGCAGGUCUGUGUGCUGGAUACAGAGACCAAGGGAGACCUAAAACUUAUUGUCCCAUCCAUACCCACGACCCUGGCAUCAAGUCCACCCCGAACUCCUGUUACUACAGAAGAUAAAAACUCUGAGGCAGAGCCUGGGGUGGAAGCGGGCAUGGGGAGCCAGCCCACCAGAGUGCUGGCUCCUCGGCCCUUGGGGGUCCCUCUAGAGAAGAAGCCUCCAGAUAAGACCCUGGCUUCUGCAGUGCCAGUACCAUUGAUACCGGGAAACACCAUGACAGGGCCCAUGGCUUUGUCUCUAACAGAAGAGGAGGAGAUGGCAUCAAAGGUCACUUUCCUUAUUGGAGACUCCAUGUCUCCUGAGUCUGACACAGAGAGCCGCAGAAGGAAGGUGGAUGAGGAAUUCAAAAAGCACAAGAAACACCUCAAGGACAAGCAUCCACUUCCCCAGCAGCUGUUGUUGCUGCAGCAGCAGCAUUACGGGCAACAUUAUCAACAGCAACCGCAGUAUCUGCAGAGAGUUGCAGAUUUAAAGACCAGCAACACCAGUGCAUCAGAGGACCAAACCAAACAGACCAAGUCGGCUCCUGCCCUGCAGCGGGUGUCCAGUACGAUGCCUCCCUGGAGCCUAAAUCAUAUGGAUGAUUUUGAAGAGUAUUUUAGCCCAGAAAACCCUGUAGAGACUAGGACUAUAGACGAUGUGGCCAAACGACAAGAGGCCAGCACCACAGACAGUAUGCACAAAGACUUGCUGGACCCCUCGGGAGUCCGCUGUACCAGGGACUUAGGGGGUCACAGCUUUCAGGGUGCAGUCACGGGUCGGGGUUUGGGUCUCUGUUUAGGUUCUGGUAGUGGUGAGGCAGGGUCCAGCAGGAAGAAAGACACUUUUUUAGAUGUCCAGAGGAGGUGCAGGUGUGGGUCUACAGACUCCUCUGACACCUGCUGUUGCAGGGGCUGUUCUGCUGAGCAGGACAAGGGUCCUCUGUUGUCAGUCUCCAUCCCACAGGAUGGAAACGGCAACAGCAAAGAUGACCAAAAGUGUAAGGUGGUACCUGUCAAUGACUGGGAGAUACCACGCAACGAGAGCUCAGACAGUGCGCUGGGGGACAGUGAGAGUGAGGAGACAGAGGAUUGGCAGGAGGAAGUGCUGGUGCCCUUCCCAGGGUCAAAGUUGGUAGAGAACUACUCAAAGCCAAGCAUUGCCAAUUUUGGCCGGUCUCUGUUUGGAGGCUACUGCCCCACCUACGUGCCAGACUUCGUACUGCAUGGGUUGCCAAGUGACGAGAAGCUACGGCAGUGCCUCAUGGCUGAAUUAACUCAUGCUGUUCAGCAUCCAGUACUGGAUGAGCCCAUAGCGGAGGCCGUCUGCAUUAUAGCAGACACAGACAAGUGGACAGUGCAGGUGGCCAGCAGUCAGAGACGAGCCACCGACAUCAACAAGCUGGGGAAGGAAGUCCUGGUUUCCAACCUGGUUUCCAGCUUAUUGCAAUCCACUCACCAGCUCUACAAACUCAACCUCUCACCCAACUUUUGUAUAAUGCACCUUGAGGACCGCCUGCAGGAAAUCUACUUUAAGAGUAAGAUGCUUGCUGAGUAUUUGAAGGGCCAGACACGAGUCCAUGUGAAAGAACUGGGCAUGGUCUUGGGAAUCGAGUCCAGCGACCUUCCCCUGUUGGCUGCAGUGGCCAGCACUCACUCCCCUUAUGUGGCCCAGAUCCUACUAUGAGACUGUAAUGGCACUAAGGUCCCAAGCAGUGACCUGUCUGAGGACGUGCCAGUCUGGCACCAAAAACGGCCAUCCAUGGUUCGCCCCGACAUGGUCUUCUGACCCACAUGCCUGAGCGAAGUAGGAUCUGAGCCUUAGCAGUGCACAUCUUUACGGACCACAGCCAGCUUCUCCCUUCACUACCACUGCUGCUGAAUGUGGUGCAAUACAGAUGUUGCACCACAGGGAGGAACUAGAGACCACAGUCCCACAGAUGGAGUGAUGCUCUGCAGAUAACUGAAGUAUCCCUGAAAUGACCUUCUCCAGUUGUUUGAAUGUUUCUUUUAAAGCAGAACUUUUUUUUGUUUUUGGACACAAAAGCCAAAGACUUUAUACAUUUUUCCAGUUGAGAAUGAGACUUUAACCUAACAUAAAAGUGGUCCACAGCAUUUGAAAGCUGGGAACCUGAGGAUUUGACAUGCAGCUCAGCACUGUGUCAAGUUCUUCAAGUCAUAAAUAUUAAGUCAUUUAAUUAAUUCGUUUAAACACAUCCUGAAAGCGUAUAAGGGCUUAUUACAUUAUGAAAUGAAUUCAUGAAGGCCAUUCUCAUGUCACUUAAGUUGUUGCAGAAGUCUUUGAGUUGAUACCAUUUGGUAUACAGAUUUGGUGAAAAAUGUAACCAUUUUAAAAACUUUUAUCAUUUGGAGAUUUCUGCAAGAAUUGCAUUUUUUGGCGAUUGGCUGGGGAGCCCUUUUGUUCUGGAUACGGCUGAGAUACUCACUUAUAGCUAAUAUCAGAAUCAGAAAUACUUUAUUGAUCCCCAAAGGGAAACUCUUUGUUGCAGUUGCACAAAUAUUAUAAUUUAUAAUUUAAUAAUAUACCUAUGAAAGUUUCAUGUGAUUAUGCUGGAGGUCACAAAAGGUAAUUUAUACAUUGACUCAAAUUUUAGAAAAUGAUGACUAUCAUCACACAGAAACACAAUUUCUCUCAUUGCAUCUACAAGAGGCUCUUUGCAGUCGUACCAAAUUUAAGCAAAUCCAAGACCACAAAAUGCAGAAAUAUAUUAGUACACCAUUUUAGAAUAUUCUGCAUGAGAGACAACUGCAUGGUUAAUGCCCAAACUGCAUGGGAUUAGCAUGAAGUGGGCAUGUCUGUAAGGAGAGACUCAUGGGUAGUCUCGCAUUGCCCCAGGCACUCUCUACAGCGCUGCGGAGAAAGGUCUGGCAACAGGAGCAUACACUUCUGGAUAGAAGGGGAAAAAAAUGGUCAGGGAUUGUUUUCAUUUCUUUAAAUCAAUCACAAUUGUUGUGGGCGGCGCCAAGCUCAUCGCUGCGAGCGUGGCUCUGCGAAAUAGUGUUGGAAAGGAACUUGCACCUGCAAAACAAAACGCCUCAUAUAAGAUUAAAAAAAAGUUCUCACAAUACAGUAACAUGAGCUAUUUAAAUUAGCUAGAUACAUGGUUAAAUGUAAUUUGCUUUUACCAAUAUAUCGCCAUGUGUAUUUUGUCCAUAGUAGAUCCCCGCCUAUAGCUCCCAACAUGUCCCAGUUAGAGAGUGAAUACCGUAAACAUAUUCUUUGUAAAUCCUUACAAUCAUUCCCCAAACAAACCAAGCUGGCCUGCCUUGUCGCACGAUCCAAAUGGUCUUCAAAAAUUGCCGUUUUCAGCGUGUAACGUUGCUCAGAGGUUCCGGUCGCUGUUGCGUGAUGGGACCAGAGAACACAAAGAAAGCAAAAAGUGAGGGACAUCCGGCGGAACUUCCAGCGGCACCGGAACUGUCUGGUGAAGGAACCGGCGUUGAUCCAGACUAACUCGCGGGUAACCCAUAGAACCCAUUUUCAUUCAGACAUCUUGAGAUGAGAGGUCAAAGGACCCAUUGUAAAAU